UCGUGAUUGGUAGGCCGGUUUUCGUAUACGUUCAAACAAGGAACGUGGGAGGGAAGGGCCACCUCAUUAGAAAUCAAAACUCCCCGCAGGCCUCCUGAUCUCUCUCUCUCAAACGCCACCGAGAAUCCUAGGACUGAUUCCCCCCCUUUCAAGGUUGUCCGACACAUUCCUAUCUUGUGGUCUCAUCAAGACGAAUGAGUAGGGAUUGAUUUCUACGGGCUUUGGUUCCACAUGCUGCCUUCCAGUAGGAAUAGAGCUCAGCCAAGGGCUAGUAGAUCUUGGACUUUUCCAGGAAUGGAUUAUUCAGACUCUAGGCGAAAGCCACAAGUUAUUGGUAAAGUUAUUUUGGCUGGUAUAUUGAUCUCCCUUUGCGUCAUCAUGCUGAAGCAUUCCUCUGAUUUUAGUGGCACGAGUCCGUUCUCCCGCCGCGAACCUGGGGUAAUGCAUGUCUUAGUGACAGGGGGUGCUGGUUACAUUGGCUCACAUGCUGCACUUCGACUACUGAAGGACUCAUACCGAGUAACUAUAGUGGAUAAUCUUUCUCGAGGAAACCUCGGUGCUGUUAAGGUUCUUCAGGGGAAAUUUCCACAACCUGGGAGACUUCAGUUUAUCUAUGCUGAUUUGGGGGAUGCAAAAGCUGUGAACAAGAUAUUUGCAGAAAAUGCAUUUGAUGCUGUGAUGCAUUUUGCAGCUGUUGCUUAUGUGGGGGAGAGCACCCUUGAACCUCUUAGGUAUUAUCACAAUAUUACAUCAAAUACCUUGGUAGUUCUAGAGGCUAUGGCGGCACAUGGUGUAAAUACAUUGAUUUAUUCUAGUACUUGUGCUACUUAUGGAGAGCCUGAGAAAAUGCCUAUUACAGAAGAAACUCCUCAGGUUCCUAUUAACCCAUAUGGAAAAGCCAAGAAAAUGGCAGAGGAUAUCAUCUUAGAUUUCUCGACGAAAUCAGACAUGGCUGUCAUGAUUCUAAGAUAUUUCAAUGUAAUUGGAUCAGAUCCAGAAGGAGCAUUAGGGGAAGCUCCCAGACCUGAAUUGCGUGAACAUGGCCGGAUAUCUGGUGCAUGUUUUGAUGCUGCGUUGGGGGUUAUUCCUGGGCUUAAGGUUAAAGGAACAGAUUACCACACAGCUGAUGGAACUUGUAUAAGAGACUACAUUGAUGUCACAGAUCUAGUUGAUGCUCACGUUAAAGCUCUUCGCAAGGCGAAACCCAAGAAAGUUGGCAUAUACAAUGUCGGCACAGGAAAAGGUAGAUCAGUGAAAGAAUUUGUGGAAGCGUGUAAGAAAGCCACCGGGGUCGAAAUUCAAGUUGACUACCUCAGCCGCCGGCCUGGCGACUACGCUGAAGUCUACAGCAACCCCUCCAAGAUUAACCGUGAGCUGAACUGGUCAGCCCAGUACACGGACCUCCAAGAGAGUCUGCGGAUUGCAUGGAGAUGGCAGAAGUCGCACAGGAAUGGGUAUGGGCCACCCUUGGCGAUGGUUUCUUAAUACAGACAACCCCAUGAUGGUAGCACAAAAGUAGACAGGAUCCACGUCAUGCGAGUGAAGUACUGGUACUUACUAUUUCCUUUCACGUUAAGAGAAAAGAGGGGUGAUUUUGUGGUGGGUUAGGAGUAAAGAGGAAGGAGGUCUUUUUGAGAUGGAAAUAGUGGGAGGUAGGAGCAAAGGCCAUUUGUUAUUAUUAUAUUAAACAGAUGAAGGUAAGCCCAAUAAAUGCAUGCAGCAGUGAGUUCUUUCCCUUCUGAUA